GAUUAAUUAAAUAUUAUAUGAUUGAUUUCGAUCCAUCUACAUUUGGUUUAGCUCAUACUUACUAGAAAGAAGAUAAAGAUGAAAUAAACACUUUAGCUUUGCCUUCUGCUCCUUAAGUGAUAUAUAGAACUUUGAAUGGUCCAACUUAAAUCAAUGGAGGAAAUAAAUUAAAUAAUUUCAAACAUGGAACCACUACUUUAGGAUUUGUAUUUAAAGAGGGUAUUCUGUUGGCUGUAGAUUCAAGAGCCAGCAUGGGAAGUUUUUUGAGCAGCGAAUAAGUUAGAAAGGUCAUUGAAAUUAAUGAAUAUCUAUUGGGUAUUUUAAUUUGAGAUUCUUUAAGGUACUAUGGCUGGUGGUGCAGCAGAUUGUUAAUAUUGGCUGGCAUAUUUAGCUAAUCAUUGUAGAACCUAUGAAUUAAAAAAUGGAAGUAAACUAAGUGUUGCUGCAGCAUCUAAAUUCUUAUAAGGAAUUUUGAUUGGUUACAGAAAUUCAGGACUUUCUAUGGGAUGUAUGAUUGCUGGAACUGAUUUAAGCGGGUAACAUUUAUAUUACAUUGAUAAUGAUGGAAUGAGAUUAAAAGGAGAUAUCUUUUCUGUAGGAAGUGGUAGUACUUAUGCCUAUGGAGUUUUGGAUAAUCAUUAUAGAUAUGAUUUAUCAUUAAAUGAAGCUGUAGAAUUAGGAAUUAAAGCCAUCUAUCAUGCUACUCAUAGAGAUACAGCAUCUGGAGGAGUAGUUAGAGGUAAAUAUUCUUGGUUUCACUAGUUUAUCAUAUUCAUUAGAAUGGAUGGACUAAAGUUCAUGAUGGAAUAGAUGUUGUAGAUUUGCAUUAUAAAUUUGCUCAAGAAAAAGGACUUGUUGGAGAUGGAGAUGAAGCAAAAUAGAGAUUGUUUUGAUAUUAAAUGCAGAAUAUUCA